UUGCUCCAACCACAACAACAGGGGCACCAACCACAACAACAGCAGCUCCAACCACAACAACUCCAUCCACAACCACAGCUGCUCCAACAACAACAGCUUCAACAGAGACACCAACUACAACAACAGCAGCUUCAACCACAACCACAGCUUCUCCGACCACAACAACAGAGACACCAACCACAA